AUGGCUUCGAUAGCUUUUCUCCAGUCCCUGCUUCACAACCCUGGCAGUGUGGUAGCUACUCUAAUCACAAUUGGGUUAAUCCAUACUCUAGGGAAAGCACUUUACAAUGUCUUCUUCCACCCGCUGCGGUCCUUCCCAGGGCCAACACUACAUGCAAUGUCUCGGAUUCCAUACUGCUGGAAAUUACUACGAGGGACUAUGCCAUAUGACGUGUUAGAUCUCCAUAAAAAGUAUGGCGACGUGGUGCGCAUCGCACCAGACGAGUUAGCUUUCUCAAAUGCUACUGCCUGGAAAGAAAUUAUGGGACACCGCCCUGGUGUCGAGGAGUUUGGAAAAUUAAAGAACUUUUAUCGACCUGUCAAAGCCUCACCAGUGAAUAUUGUCAAUGCGGAGCGCGAUGAACAUAGCGUCUUAAGGCGUCAAUUGGCUCAUGGGUUUUCUGAAAAGUCCAUGCGAGAUCAGGAACCAUUAAUCAAAGUGUAUUUUGACCUCCUUAUUCAGCGGCUGCAUGAAAAUUGUGCUGCAGGGGCAGAGACUAUCAAUCUAACUGCCUGGUAUAACUGGACUACAUUUGAUAUUAUUGGAGACCUUGCCUUUGGUGAACCUUUUGGAUGUCUUCAGAACUCAGAGUAUCAUCCCUACGUCCACUUAAUAUUUGAAUCUGCCCGUGCGGGCACCAUCUUUCAGUCGGUGGGGUUCUACCCUUUACUCAAUAAACUAUUUUGGGCAUUGAUUCCCAAGGCUGCAUUGCGAAGAUUUGUACGACAAACGAAGCUGUCGAUGGAAAAAUUGCAAAGACGAAUGGAACCUGGAAAUGAACGAUCUGAUCUCAUUGAGGGAUUAUUGCUAAAGAAAGAAGAACUGAAUCUUACUAUGGAAAAUAUCCAAUCAAAUGGUAACAUCUUAAUCAUUGGAGGCUCUGAGACUACGGCCACUCUUCUAUCAGGCGUAACUUAUCUUUUAUUGUCGAACCCCCACGUCCUCGAGAGGCUUACUACGGAGGUUCGGUCUACAUUCGAAAAUGAGAAAGAAAUCACCAUGGCCUCAGUCAACCAGUUAACUUAUAUGCUGGCUUGUUUGAACGAAGCUCUCCGAGUAUACCCACCUGUCCCGACUGGUUUACCCCGCGUUGUCCCUUCGGAGGGCCGUACUGUUCUUGGACGAUAUAUUCCUCAAGAUACAAUUGUCGCCAUACACCAUUGGGCAUUGUAUCACAAUGAAAAGCAUUUUACAGACCCAGACCUUUAUAACCCUGAACGCUUUCUAGGAGAUCGGCGGUAUGCCAACGACGACUUUGAUAUACUACAACCGUUCAAUGUCGGACCUCGAAAUUGCCUAGGAAGAAAGUAUGUCAACGCUCUAUACCGGCUUCUAUAA